GGACACUAAAAUGAAGGUGGUUUAGCUUGGGUUUUGGCCACCACCCUCACUGUGUAGGUGUUGUUCUUAGCUUGUGGAGAUCUUAUCAUAGGAGGGAUCGCUACCGAGCCUAGUUUUGUUUGUAAACAGUCCUCAGAUAUCAGGAAGACUGCAACUACCUCCCUAAUCGGCAUCUCCAUGCCUCAGGAUUCUUUAAAUUCCAUCAUCGGAUAGGAUAGUAUAUCCUCAUGUUGUAUUCUCAAAGUACAGUAUCCCCUCAUGUUCAUGGACGAUAUCAGCUAGAAUUGAUAACCCACCCGUCUGCGUUAAUACCAGACGUACUCCACAAAUGGACACCCUUCAAGUCUUUCAAUUAGUCAAUCCGAACCAGGUAAUAAAAUAUCGCUAUGGCACGAUCAAUCAAUUGCAUCGCAUAGUUUCAAUUAUUAUCUCCUUUUGCUAUUUUUGCUUUAUCGCAUUUUUUCCAGUCCUUUCUUUCGUCGCUUGCUUGCUGCAUUUCAUUUGUUUUCUAUCUUGAUUCAUGCUAUUCACUCAUUCGUAGCUAUUCCUGCAAUUCAAUGAAGUUCGUUUGCUCUCCAACCAUUUCUCCUCAGCCUUCUCAACGUCGCAAUUGUGUCGCAUUCGUCCCGUUUGUUUCGCGCCCAAUAAGCUUAGCUACUACUCUGCGAUUCUUUCGGGCUGCCGACGUAUAGGCAUCCAUACAUCUGUCUUAUCUUCGAAAGGCAAUUCGCUCAAACGUACAGAAAACCCCGCCUUCAAAAACGCAGCUGUCCGUCUGCACGAAACGCCGCGAAGCCCAAUCGAGGCACACGUAUUUUUUUUGGAUUGGGGACGGCAAACGCGCAAAGCGAAAGGUAUCGAAUAUAUGGGGAAGGGUCCGAAAGAAUUUGCGCGGGGUAAAUACCUGUGAGGAGAAUACUUGCACAAUGUCUACUGUAUUGAGGACACCAAGUUUGGCAGACAGAUGCGAGGGGAGCCGCAGCACAAAAGAAAUCGAUCUCAUUCUUGAGGGUCGCAAUUCUAAAUGGGACUUGAGGCUUCCGGUUAACACAUUCGAGUCACCCAAGGAGCGCAACUUAAGAUACAGAUCAAGAGAGGAGGAAUGUGUGAAGAAGAUUGUGGCCCAAAUCAAGUUUCUCUAUUUUCAAUACCCCGAGGGACUGUUUGAUGCUCUUGAAACAUUCGAUAGGCAAGCUCACACGCUAUAUGGUGGAUGGGUCUUGAAAGUUAAAGCUGAUCGAGGCGUUUUACCUGACAGGACUCGCCAUAGGCCACGCCCAAUAACAUCUGACGAACGAAGGAAACUACAAGAAGAACUUCUGAAAGUUCUAGACCUCAAAUACGAAGUCACAGCAAGUCGGUCGCGUCAGGGUGGCUCGUCGAGAGCUUACACGCCUAUCCGCUCAAUUGGGAAAACGCCAAAGCCUGACGAUAGUCCUCUUGCUUUUCCGCUCAACUCCGCUAGGAAAAUGGACGGCAAACAUCUCCUCGAUCCAUUUCCUAGUAUCGAUACAAGUAUCAAGAAGGCAAAAGUACCGGAAGUCAAGUCGUCUGGCUACGAAGGCCCCUCUAGGGUUCCAAUGUCGCAAUGGAAUCUAUCAAAGCCCCAAUUCACAGAGACACAUCAACAAACAACGGUGCCGCUAAAAGGCAAUAGAAACUCAAAUUGGAAUACAAGUUUUACGACAAACGCAUCCACCAUAUUCUCACAGGAGUAUAGUAGCACACUCGUUAACACCCAAGCUACCGAGCCAGAACCGGAGCCGAUAAUGAAAUUACGGAUAGAACCUUACUCAUCUGAUGAUCAAGAGUCGAACGCACAAAGCUCUGAUUUCGGUAGUAGUUUUGAUGCUGUAGAAGCCGAGAGGGUGUGCCAGGUGACGGAAAGUUUUGGUGUCAAUAUGUCGUCGCAAGCUGGACCUCAGUAUGAAGUGGCUGGUGACAUGGUUGAUGACACAGAGCAGGAAAUAGCCAAUGAGAUGUUCAAUCAGGCCAUGGAUGUUCCAAUCCAAAAAGAAACGGAAAAGUGCUUGAACGACAUACUGCCGAUAUUACCACGUUGCCUGGAAGAGGCCCCUUUUUUUGUCAGUUAUGAAAUCACUCGCGUUUUUCUAUUCGUCGAGGUUUCCAUGGUCGAGUUCACAUUGCCAUACGCUAAAGAGUGGAAACAAUAUGACAAACUCUGGAAUAUGUUGAAAGCCCUUCCUAUUCUCCAGAAUAAAAAGUUUCCGGAAAGAUGUGGAGCGAAUGUUUGGGAUGUUGCUAUGAAAGGAUACAUUCGAGGUUUUAAUGGAGUGGUCUUUACCGCUGCUUUGCUUGAAAAUAAAAAGGAGCCGGGGCCCCUACUCUCGUUUCAGCUAAAACCUAUGAGAUUGGAUUUGACUCACCGUCUCGAGCGAAGAUUCGGUAGUGAUAGGUUUUUUGAAAUUGCGAUACCCCACUUGGAGAGUAGAAAAAACGGUUCCGCGAUGUCAAAAUCAGAUCCCGAUGCGUGGAACGCCUUGAAGUCUUGGCUGGUGAAUGGGGAUCAUCAACUUCUGGGCAGAACAUACAAGUCAUAUUUUUUGAAAUGCGGCGAAAGGAAGAAGAAGAGCACUUUGAAGUCGGACACUAAGGAGGAUAGUUCUGCUAUACCCUAUCGUGCCUUCCUCUUUGCGACUGAUGGCCAUCGUUUCGUCAAGAGAAGUAGAAUGAGAAAUCCCGCGCCCAAUGUCCUUGUUCGUAUGACAGUCGAGGAGCUAUUGAAUUGCAUAAGACCAACCUCGGAGAAUGACCACCAACCAUAUAUGAAGCUGUUUGCGAGAACCGCUUUAGUUGUUUCUAGGAAUCGGGCAACUGUUACUGUUGAAGAGACUCAGAUUCGACGCAAAGAGGAUAUUAGAAAUCCGGAUGUAAACGAUCCCAGCAAGACUUACGUUAUGACAGAUGGUGCCGGUAGAAUGUCGUUAGCUUUGGCUAGGAAGAUAGUGCUCAAACUCGAGUUGGCAUACAUACCAUCAGCAUUUCAGGGAAGAUUUGGUCAAGCAAAAGGCCUUUGGAUUGUUGAUCGUACCCAGGAUAUCGAAAACGAUUGGAUUGAACUAUAUGGCGAACAAUGCAAAUGGAAACGUGGAAAAAAGGGCAGUCAUGACUAUGGUCACCCUUCCCAUCGCACUUUUGAAGUUGUGGGACAUUCUGCUCCAUUGAAGACGGCGGAUCUUAACACUCAGCUUCUUCCAAUUCUCAUGCAUCAAGCCACAAAUCCAAAGACGAUGGAAAAUGCAAUUGUGGGUGCACUGAAAGAAGGAUUAAAACAAUCGUUGGAAGAACUGAGAAGUGCUUUAAAUUCUCCUCAAGAACUUCGAUGUUGGAAUCGACUCACAAAUUCUUCUCUCCAAGACAGGGUCAAAAAUGGUACUCUUCAAUGGCUUGGAGGUUUACCCACAAAGAAUGAAGAUAAGCUUAAUCUGCUUCUUGAUGCUGGUUUUGAUCCCCGAAGACUGCAGUAUGUCAUGGAUUUGGUCAAGAAAUCUUUCGAUAUGAAAUGCGCAGAAUUGAAGGAACGCCUCAAUAUCACUGUCGCUAAAUCCACCAAAGUAUACAUGGUUCCGGACUUUUGGGGUGUCUUGGAGCCUAAUGAGGUUCAUUUGGAUUUCUCGAGCUUUGUGGAUAACGAAACUGGAUUAUCUGAUAUUCAACUGGAAGAUAUGGAUGUGCUCGUUGCUAGAAACCCUGCUCAUUACCCUAGCGAUAUUCAACGAGUCACUGCCGUUAACAAACACGAAUUAAGGCAUCUUAAAGAUGUUAUUGUCUUCUCUACUAAAGGAUAUCCAGCUUUAGCCGAUAAACUAUCAGGUGGUGAUUAUGAUGGAGAUAUUGCAUGGGUUUGUUGGGAUCGUGCUAUUGUUGAAAGUUUCGCCAAUGCAGAUGUUCCCAAAGUCCCGGAUCUUGUCGAAGAGGGUUACAUUGAGCAAGACAAAACUACUUACGCACAGUUAACUAAGGGCUCUUCUGAUCCCACGAACAAAUUUCUGAAUGCCAGCUUUGACUUUAAUAUGUGUCAAAGUAUGCUUGGUCAAUGUACAGCUUGGAAGGAAGACAUUGAGUACAAGAUUGGUGAUCUUGAUAAGCCAGAAAUCACAUUCUUGUCAACUUUGCUUAGCAAUUUGGUUGAUCAGGGGAAGCAAGGUUACAUUUUCACAGAGCAGCAUUUCCGCAAGGUUAAAAAGCAUAUAACUGCAAGUGUGGGUGCACCUCACAAGCCAGCAUACAAGUUUAAAAAUCCAAGUGAGAGGGAAAAGCUUAAAGGUCAUAUUCUUGAUAAAAUGACGAAUGUGGUUGAGGUACAAACUGACAUAUUUCUUGAUGAGCUUCGCACAAGCAUCAGUCCUCCUCCACCUCAAUAUGAUUCCACUUUGGCUCAAUUCUACAAGGAUCAAAGAAUCAAGGCAAAAGUAAGGAUAGGCGAAAAUGUAACAUUGGAGGAAAGCGAAACAGCAGCUGAUUGGAAACUUCUUCUCGAUCAAUUGGAUGAGGAUAUCGCUAGAGUCAAAACUAAAUGGAAUGGUUCUCUCAGAAGAACUCCAUCUAAAAGACUUACCUCUGACGAUGAUGAGUCCCGACCCGAUUUUGCACCAAUUCGAGAUUCAUGCUUUGAAGAAUUCUGCGCCAUCAAACCUCUUGAAAACAGCAAAUUGAUUCCAGCAUGGCCAGAUCAAGACUUCGAAUCGAAAUCGGGAACGUGGGCACUUUUGAGAGCAAGUGCUCUCUAUGCUAUAUACGAACCAAAGAGAAAUUAUAGCGAUAAGAUACGAACGUUCCCAUGGUGGAUGGCGGGGUUUCAGCUUGCGCUGAUGAAAGCGAAGCAGAAUGGAUCGGUUCCCGUGGAGGGGUCUAUGUAUGCGAUGUUGAAAGCGAAUACGGGGUUUGUGAAGCAGUUGAGGGCGUAUGAGGGUGUGGGGAUGGGGAGUUUGGAUGAGGAAAUUGAGAGUGAGGUUAAGGUUGAUGAUGAUGAUGAUUUUUCAUGAACUUUGAGAGGGGGUAGGUAAUCAACCGGGUAACUAUCUUAUGGCAUUGUAUCUUUGGGAUAUUUUGUUAAAUCAGGAGUGAGGUGGGGGUGGAAGGGAAUGGGAGGGAUAGGAGGAGUUAAGGUCUAAGUUUCGAAUCGAAGUAGGACCUACUAAUGCUGGAUAUGUAUCUAGUCGUGAAUGAAAGAAUUGAAUAUGGCGUUUUGGGGGGGGUUCGCUCUCUCUUUCUUUUAGGAUAAGGAUUGAGAAUAGGACUUGUUGGGUAGUUGGUUAGUUUGGUUGGAGGAUACCCUUUGUUUUUUUGGGGGUUUUUUUUGAGGGGGAAGGGGGGGAAGUGUGUGUUGGCUGGUAUUUGAGAAUACAAUUAUGAUUUAUGGAUUUUUUUGAUUGAUGUUGGUUGAAAUUGAUGUGGAGAAUUGAAUGUUAAAAUGUUAAUGGAUUGAGGGGUUUGAAUACUUGAUUGUAUUUGAUUGUGUGUGUGUAUGCGUGUGCUAUUAAUCAAAAUGAUAAUGUGUGUGAGACUACUUAUCUUUUGUUUUUUUGAUAUGAGGAUUUAAAGAUUUGUGUUCACAAUUAAGGGAGUAGGCUAGUGGAAUGCAUGUAUUAUUGAUUAUGUAGAAUUGCUAUAGUGAUCUAAAUCUAAAGUCUAAGUAAGAUAAAAGAUAUUA